AUGCCAUACAAACAUAUCGCAGCGCACCUGAACAAGACCGAGCUCGCCUGUCGCCUGCAUUACCACCAGCUGUCCCAUGGCAGCACUCGACGCAAGCGAACUGCGUCGUGCUCAUCCGGCUCCUCGGACCCUUCCCCCAACCAGCCAGCAGCAUACUCGAGUCCUGUCUAUCGUGGCGAGACCCGUUCACUCUCUCCAUCGGUGGCGGCGACCAGCUAUCUCCCAAAGCCGCUCAACAGUGACAUGCAGCUGUCCCGCAUCAUGUCCGUGGAGAGAUCACCGCGCCUGCCCGCCAUCCUGCCCAAGCCAGAAGGCGUGGCAUACUCCCAAGGUGGUGAAGUUGUGCCUCGUCAUCCGAUGGUGACUCCCGAGCAACACCACGAGCCCCUGCCGCCAGUCGUCGGCAUGCACCACCACGGCAGCCCGGCCUAUCAGUCCCCUGUUCCGCCUCUUCGGCUCGACACCGGUCGUCUGUCUCCCCCGUCCACGUCAGUACACACACCUGCUCACGUGGACCUCGGGCGACUCCGUUCGAUCUACGAGACGCACAAGAGCGCCUUCUGGGCGGUUAUAGCCGACGAGUACGGAAUGAAUGCAUCCCCAGUUGCUCUGGAGCAGGCCUGGAAAACAGGAGCUUGCUGCCAGUAUAGCGAGAGCAACCCAAUUACACCGAUUGCCAGUCCGGACAAGGACCGUAGGACAGGAUACCGGAUGACGGGCCAAGACAAGACGAGGAUAUCGUCCAUCUUGGACGACGACAAUGAGCAAAGACUCCGUUAA